GUGGUUUCGUCUGUGUUGUUCUUCAUCGGUCUCUGCGGAUGGAAGUUGCGCACGCUAGUUGGGCUUGGAAAAUGCGUCGCCAGAGACUGUCGUUCAGGGAAACGACAUUGACCGUAAAAGCGAUUAGCUAGUCUAGUUAAAACAGAACGUGUUGUAAAAAGUAGGAAGAAGUCCAACUUGAACAAAUAAACAAUAUAUUUACGCGACACACUUAGCAAGCAAAUCGCGGUAGCGUUACGAAUGUCUUUACGGUAACGAAUUUACAUUUGAUCUACUAACUAGCCACAACGCCAGCGACCUGUGGGAUGCUUACAAUAUGUGAUCAUUCCUGUUGCUAGCUAGCAGCAUGUGGGCCUGUUGUCACUGUAUAUAGCAAGCUAGCGAACAAAUUAAAGUCAAAAAGUAGCCUGUAAAGCUAUAGCUUGCCAGUGGGGCACUGCGUCAGUUCUCAGUUAUUAUGAACAAGCUGGGAAGAAAUACUUGGAUUGGACUAGGCUUUGGAGCCACUGCGGGUAUUAGCUUGGUAUUGUUUUUGGUGGUAUACAAGAAGAUGAAACGCAGAUUAUGUCAAAGUUUGUCAGUCCCGAGUAACUCCGAUGCUGAUUUCUUAAACAAGGAUGGAGCAAGCAUAGCAACGGUUUCACACGUACUUGAGGUGCAAGCUGGCUCGUCGCUAGAGGCUCUGGCUAUUAGGCCAAAGGGGGGCCUUUUGGUUGAGCAGCAGUUGGCACUGAAGAACAAGCUGGACGAGGUUCUCCGCUGUGUGGCCUGCCUGCGGGCUGAGGUCGGCUCUCUUCGGGGUGAUCUACAGGACGUCGCUGCACAUAUUGUCCAGGACGUCAAGAAAGGCCUGGAGGAGAGCCAGAAGGUGGCACGGCGACGGAGACCCCCGCCACGUGAGCGCGCCGACUCGGCGAGCUCCAGCUCCGUCUACUUCACCGCCCGCAGUCGCUACGACGAGGAGAGCGAGGGCGGGUACACCACAGCCAACGGGGAGUCCGACUACUACGGCGAGGCAGUAGAGGAGGUGAAGAAGGAUACGGAGGACGAGGAAGACGAGGAUGGGAGCCACGUCACGGAGUGCACGCUGAGGCGGGACUCCAGCGGCGCGGAGACGGAGGAGGAGGAGUUCUCGGACGCCGAGUCGCCAGGCGACGCUGAGGCCCCGCUUCCAUCCCGGAGCAGUGCCGUGCCCUCGGGCGGGCCCCAGGAUGAAGGGCAGGGGCCCCAGGAUGAAGAGCAGGGGCCCCAGCCAUGCUGCCCCAACCCGGGCGUGGAUGUAGACAGCACCAGCCCAGAAGCACUGAAGGCAGCGAAGGAUGGGAAAGGAGCUCUCGUUUCUUGAGGGAAACAAUAGAGCCACGCACAGGCCAGGGCAGAGAGUUUCCACUCGUCGCUCAGCAAGAACAGUCCCCGCCCCCUGCAUGCCUUGUUCUGCUGCACCCCAGUGGAAACUGUAGGAAUGACUUGUUUGGGACCAGUCUGACUUCUGUCUGGAAUGUGCGCCAGUUGACGGGGGAGAGAGUCCUUAUUUGCAGCCUGUUCACUGUGUCUGACGUGCGCCACGAUUUUCCUGACCUCUUUCUUAUUUCCGGGCAUAAUAUGAAAAUUGCACCACGCUUGAGCCUGUUUUCAAUAAGAAGCUGAGCAAAGCAUUUUUUGGUGCCAUUUUAAAAUCUACAUUUCUUAAUUCUCCAUAUGAAGCUGCAUAUGGAAAGAAAGGUGAAUGAAAGGGACAGAUUCAGUCUAACCACAGAUUGUAAUUGAAUAUUUUUAUAUUCUCUUACUUUAAGCAGUUGGUAUUUUUAUGGUGUACAUUAUUGGUAAGGCUCACCAACAUGUCUUAAGGCACCUACUUGUUAGAUUGAGUCUGGGUCAAUCUCAUAAUUGAAUGACUUCCACUGCACUUUUUAGGGCGAGCAAACCAACAAAAAAAAAACAUUACAAUUCCGCAGUUGUUGGCAUUCCACAUCCGUGUUUUCAAAUGAAUUUCAGGGUUUUCUGCCAUUUUUUUUCACAACGCACUUUGUUUUGCACUACUAAUUAAAGUAGCAUGUUUUGUUGGCCUGUAAAAUAUAUAUUUUGUUCUUGACCAAAUUUUAGCUUGAACUUUAGCUUUACAGUACCUGCAGUUUUGCGAAACGGGCAGCUAUAUUCUCAUUUUAUUUCUGUUGUAUGGUUUCAGUAGCAUAAUAAAUUUGAUGCCCUGAUAGACUUUACUUUUGAAGACAAAUCCAGUAAUUUGAUUACCUUGUGCUUACUGACCAAAGCUAUGCCUUAUUUUGUGUAUUAAGAUAUUUAAAAAUGACACAUUGAAUCAAUUGUGAUAUAUUAUUGGAGAUGUCCCCUUUCACUGUUCUAGGUCCCAGAGAAUGGAUGUGCACUGUUUUCUUGCAUUAAAUGCUGUUAUGCAA